CUGGCACCCAGCGCCGGGAGCCGGAGCGCUUCGGUGCAGCGGUGUGCGGGCUCGGUGCGCUCUUAUCAGGAAGAUAACAACAAAGCGUUUAAGAAAGAAAAGGGAGAGAUAAGAGAACAAACAAUCAAACAACAAAACAAAACAAUAAGAAACAUGCGCCGCCCGGGAAUCGAACCCGGGUCGCAAGAAUGGGAAUCUUGCAUGAUACCACUACACCAGCGGCGCGGGUGAUCACGCGUCUCCCGCCCGCCCUCAUCACCUCAGAGUCCGCCCGCCCUCGCCGCCCCGCCGCGAACCACCUGACGGGACAGUCCCUCCCGCCCGCACCGCCAUGCCGGCCCUCCGCCUCACCCUGCUCCUGGCCGCGCUCUGCCCCAGCCUCCCGGCCCGCCAGGCGCAGCGCCGAGAGCCCGGCAGAAUCGCCGUGGUGGGCGGUGGGAUCGGGGGAGCAGCAGCCGCCUACUUCUUGCGUCAGAAGUUCGGGAGGAGCGUGCGGCUGGAGGUGCUGGAGAAGGGGGUGGUGGGGGGCCGCUUGGCCACCCUGGAGGUGGAGGGGGCCGCCUAUGAGGCUGGGGGAUCCGUCAUCCACCCCCUCAACCUGCACAUGAAACACUUCGUCAAGGAGCUGGGCCUCUCAGUUGCCCCAGCACAGGGCAGCCUCAUGGGCAUUUAUAAUGGGGAGGAGUUUGUCUUUGAGGAGAGCAGCUGGUACCUUGUCAACCUUCUCAAGCUCCUCUGGCACUAUGGGCUCAACCCCCUACGGAUGUACAUGUGGGUAGAAGAAAUCCUGGACAAGUUCAUGAGGAUCUAUCGCUACCAGACACACGACUACGCCUUCAGCAGCAACGAGCGCCUGCUGCACGCCCUGGGAGGCAACGACUUCACCCGCAUGCUGAACCAAACCAUCGAUGAGGCCAUGCAGAAAGCUGGCUUCUCCCACAAGUUCAUCAACGAGAUGGUUUGUCCAGCCAUGAGAGUCAACUAUGGGCAAGGUGUCACCAUCAAUGGUUUUGUGGGUGCUGUUUCCCUGGCCGGGGUGGAAUCAGGCCUUUGGUCAGUUAAAGGGGGGAACAAACUGGUCUGCACUGGCCUUCUCUAUGCCUCCAAAGCUGAAGUGAUCCCUGGGACAGUUGUGUCCAUAGAGCCCAAAAUCAGACCCAGGCCCACAGGGGACCCAGUGAAGCUCUACCAGGUGAUGUACAACACCACCUCAGGACUCACGGGGGACACCUACGACAUCGUGGUGAUCGCCGCUCCGCUGGGCCACAAGAUGGCCGACAUCACCUUCAAGAACUUCAACCCUCCUGUCCCCGAGUUCCCCAACCCUUACCACCAGACUGUCACCACCCUGGUGCACGGACGGUUGAACGCCUCCUUCUUUGGCUACCGAGAUCCAUCUGCUUUCCACCUGGGUGCCAUUUUCACAACAGAGAACCCCAAACUCUUCAUCCGCAGCCUGGGGGUGGUGUCUCCCGUGGAGGGCGCCGGCACCGAGCGGAACCCGUCCUCCCAGUUGGCCGUCUGGAAGGUUUUUUCCCAAGAGGAGCUCAGCAAAGAGCAGCUCCGCUCACUCUUCUCCUCUUACGACUCCAUCCAAGUCAAGAAGUGGUUGGCUUACCCCCAGUACAGCCCCCCAGAAAGAUUGCCCCCCAUUAUUCUCCACGAUGACAUCUACUACCUGAACGGGGUGGAGCGAGCGGCCAGCGCCAUGGAGAUGAGCGCCAUCGCCGCCAAGAACGCCGCCCUCCUCGCCUACCACCGCUGGUAUGGCAACACCCACCUCAUCGACCAGGAGGAUCUGCAUGAGAAGCUGAAAACAGAGCUCUGAGCCCCUCAUCACCCCCCCCAAAUUAAAGCUCAUCAACCAUGAACUCCUCGUUGGAGCCCCUCGGAGGGCACCCGGUCAACUUGACCAGAACAAGAUGGCGGAGGAGGCUUCCUGAAGGAAGCUCCUCUGGCUUUUCCUCAGACUCCUGCAUCUGUACGAGGGAAAAGAACACUGAAAAUGCAAAUACUGAUCCCAAAAGUGCCCUCUGCCAAACUCAGGAUCUGCAUCACUGUAAUUAACCCCUUCCCCCUGCCACACACCCUCCCGCCCCCCAUUAUUUUCCCCUCUUGGACAGGAAAAUAUAUUUGACUGCAAAAAAUUAAAUUUUUUCUGAAGA